AUGCGGUCACUGACACCGCUGGUCGCAGCUCAGAGCAACCUACCAUUGCAGAAGAAGAACCUCAAACAUCGGCGGACGCAGCCCGAUCCUUCUGCGCCAUGGCGGUGCAGCAUUGGGGGCUACAUUACAGGAGACAUGCAGGUGUGUGUCUUCUGGGGUCCAAAAAUCCUCUACAACCGAUCAAGAGUGCCGCCGCCUUUCUCACCUUACAUCGACGUGGCCGAAUCACAAGCCACCACCAAGGCUGCGGAGUCAGAUUUGGGGUAUCCAGUGGCCUAUGGUGAUGGUGAGAAGCUUCCCGGUAUCUUACCACGUAGUGUCUCCAAGGAAGGACAUGCUUUCGGUUGGAGCGGCCAUAAACAUCCGCAUGAUUGA